AUGGUUGGUCACGGCGUCACAGGGAUGCUCGGAGAAGAUGGCAUUCAUGUGGACAUGAACCACCUCAAGAGCGGUGAGGUCAACCUAGGUACCUCAAUCAUGGCAAUCAACUUCAAGGAUGGCGUUAUUCUAGGCGCCGACAGCCGAACGACGACCGGUGCUUAUAUUGCCAAUCGAGUUACGGACAAACUGACGCAGGUACAUGAUACCAUUUGGUGCUGCCGGUCCGGAUCAGCUGCAGAUACUCAGGCCGUAGCAGACAUCGUCUCCUACCACCUCAACAUGUACUCUAUUGUCAACAACGAAGCUCCGAGCACUCAAGUUGCUGCGUCACUGUUCCAGGAGCUGUGUUAUGAAAACAAGGAUAUGCUGAGCGCGGGAAUCAUCAUUGCGGGAUAUGACCCCCGACACGGUGGUCAAGUGUACUCGAUACCUUUGGGCGGAUCCCUACACAAACAAGCUUAUUCCAUUGGUGGGUCAGGCUCGACCUAUAUCUACGGCUACUGCGAUGCGCAUUGGAGGGAGAAUAUGACGGAGGAAGAAGGGAUCAACUUUGUCCGAGCAGCGUUGCGGGAGGCGAUCAAAUGGGAUGGUAGCUCGGGAGGUGUAAUCCGCCUGGUAGUGCUGACAGCCAAGGGAGCGGUGAGACACCUUUAUCUGCCAGAUACAGACUACACUGGCCCGGGGGUGACCAAAUGA